AUGGCGAGUGAUGGUGAGGAUGCCGUUAGCAGUGGGGUCGGUAGUAAAGGCGGGAGAGUGAGGAGUGUCUCUGGCGGUGAACGGAGUCGGGCCUUGCUAUAUGAGCUAUGCGAGGCUGUACCUUUGUGUGCCAUCACACAGCUUGAAGCGGACAUUCCUGCCACAUCUUGCAGAGUGGCUACCGCCUACGGCGAUGUGUUGCCCUCUUUGCUGGCCGCUGUGGCUAAUAUCAGCUCUGGAUCGAGAACACGCCCUCUGCGCCCGCAUGAGCUCGAGUACCUCGUCACCCAACAUACCCCGGCGGGGCGCGCAGAGGCGGCCCUCGCUGUUCAUCCUACCUCUACAUACAUCUCGCCCGACCUCUCCCAGCUCGAAAAAGAUAUCCACAUCCACAUCAAGGGGAUCAGCUUCCUCAACUGGACGCGAGAGAGUGGUUGCAACUCCCUUCCAGCCACGCUCGCCGUCGUCGAGGUUUUGAAAGGACGCAUCAGCAUUGCUGAUCUAGUGGCGACGCUGGUAGCCGCGAAUACGGUAGAGGAGCACCACACGUUCAUUCGCACGCUGGUGGCCGCCAUCCCCAACUGCCCGACCAAUCUCCGCGUUGGAAUCCCCCCAUCCACCAUCAUCCUUGAGGCUGUCAAGUCGGUCCUGCCAGAGGCGCAAGUCUCGGUCCCAUUCGCUCACGUCGUGCGGGCCGCCUGUCUCGCCUCGGACCGGCCAGUCGAAGAGCUCUUCAAUCUUUGUGCUGCCGAGCGGAAGGGGCGGAAGGUCAGUUGGACAGGCUGGGACUCGGACUCUACAACUCUGCGCCCUGGUCCGGGCUAUGUAUGGCGCGAAGCGCCUGUGCGUAUCAAGUCGAUGAUGGUAGAGUUGUUGAGGGUGGAGAGGGUGGUCCACGCGCUGCUCGAGGGUCUUAGGCCGCCGGAAACAGCCGUCGCCUUUCGGGAAUUCUUCACCGACCCGGCUGAGCGCGCUGUCAACAUCAACAAACGGCUCCUCGGAUGGUCCAGGCCCGAGUCGGAGCACAACGUUGAUCUCGGUGUCGACUGCGCCGUUUACGAGGCAGCACAGAUCCGGGACAUCCCUCCGCUCGGGCGCGAUGCCAGAUACGAACGGAUCGCCCAAUUCUCGCUUCUCGUCAAGGACAAGCCCGCCACCGCCGGUCCGUUUGCCCUUGCCGAGGAUGCAGGCUUCGCACUGGAAGUUCUCGACGACGGACGAAGCCUACAAGACGAACUAUAUAGCAGAAGACAAGUGUUUACUGAAGGCAACUAA